AUGGAUGCGGCGUUGCUCGCGCGCCUCGCCUCGCUGAGGCAGUCGAUCCAGGCCGCCGAAACGAGUGCGGCCGGCGAGGCGCCGACGGCCACCACGGGCAUGGAGGCAGUCCUCGAGAGCUGCCAGGCCUUGGAGCAUCUUGUCGAGAAGGAGGCGGAGGCCGCGUCGAAGAAAAGGAAGCAAUGGGGCGAGAUGAAGGACACAGCUCGCCGCCUCCACGCUCAGGUGAAGGACAUCGUCACCGACGUUUGGAAGAGCAAGGCGGAGGAGAGCUCGAGGGAAGUGGAGCUGCUCCUCUCCGCCGUGGCCCCGUUCGAGCUCUGCUACGACUCGUCCAAGCUGGGCUCGUCCCUGUCCGACUACUUCGUGCCGCAGGUGGACGUGCUGCUCGAGGGCGGGACCAACUUCACGGUGGUCGGCGGCAACUCCAUGGCGCAGGUGAACACCAACACGGCGUGCUUCACGUUUCUCAAGGCGGCGAGCAGCACGGCGGGGCCGCCGGUGCUCAUCGGAGGGUUCCAGCUCGAGAACAAGCUCGUGACGCUCGACAACGCCAAGCAGCAGCUCAGCUUCACCGGAUACUUCCCCGCCAGAGGAGUCUCCUGCAGCAACUUCAACUCACCAAGGCUGCCUAGUGUACACUGUACACUCGUACAGUGA